AUGGCAACACAGAAAGCCGUGGUAAUUCAGGGCCCUGGGGUGGCCAAGCUCGUCACCGACCGGCCAAUCCCCCGCCUCCGAGACGACUACAUCCUGGUCAAGACCGCCGCUGUGGCCCUGAACCCAACAGACUGGAAGCACAUUCACUCGCGCGUCAAGGAGGCUGGCCCGCUCGUUGGAUGCGACUAUGCUGGUGUCGUUGAGAAAGUGGGCUCAAAGGUGACGAAGUCCUUCAAGCCUGGAGACAGAAUCUGUGGCGCUGCCCAUGGGUCGAAUGCUGUCGAGCGGGAGGAUGGAACUUUCGCCGAGCACAUUGUUGUCAAGGGCGACAUGCAGAUUGAGAUUCCGAGCAAUUUGAGCGUCGAGGAAGCGGCGACGCUGGGGGUUGGCAUCACGACAGUUGGCCAGGGACUGUAUCAAACGCUCGGGAUGAAGUUGCCCAAUGAGCCGUUGAAAGAGCCCGCCCCAGUCCUCAUCUACGGAGGCAGCACCGCUACCGGUACCCUGGGAAUCCAGUACGCAAAGUUGUCCGGCUACACAGUCUUGACCACCUGCUCCCCUCGCAACGCCGAGCUGGUCAAGGCUGCAGGGGCAGAUUUCGUGUUCGACUACAACGACCCCGACGUCGGCCAGAAGAUCAGAGAGCACACCAACGACAACCUACACUAUGCAUGGGACACCAUUUCGCUGCCUGCAUCGGCCAAGAUUUGCGCCGAGGCACUUUCGUCAGCUCCCGGUGGCAAAUACGCUUCCCUGAGCUCCGUCGACUUUCCCCGCAAGGACUGCUCCAGCGGUUUCACGCUUGCUUACACGGCCCUAGGGGAGGCUUUCACCUUUGGAGAUAUCAAAAUACCCGCGAAGCCUGAAGACUACGAGUUUGCCAAGAUGUUUUGGGAGCUCUCGAGAGAGCUGUUGGCGGAGGGUAAAAUCAAGGCCCAUCCGAGGCGCGUCCGGCAAGGGCUCGAAGGAGUGCUAGAAGGACUACAGGAGCUGAAGGAUAACAAGGUCAGUGGCGAGAAGCUGGUAUACACGCUGUAG